AGCAGGGGGCGCCGGCCGCCUCUAGCCCGCGCGCCCGGAGCACCCGCUGGUCCCGCGCGCGUCGCCCGGCGCUGCGCGCUCUGCAGACCCGGGUCCUCUCCCCUGUUUGGUCUCCUCCUCUCACUCUCACCUUCUCCCGUUCUUUGACUGCUGUUCUCUCCUGCCGGACCUUCCUGCAUCUCUCCAUCUCUCUCCACCUUUCUCUAAUUCCCACCUUAGACCUCCCUCUCUGUCCGCCUUUUCUCCUCCUCGCUCCUGCUCGAGCCUUCUCUAACUCUCCUCCAGCAGCAGCCCUCCCUGGGUCUGCAGAGUGACUUGUGCCCCUGUGCCUCAGUGUCCUUCCCGUCUCACUUUCUCCCUCCUCUCCUCCCGGCUCAGCGCCGGGCGGCCUGACCCUGGGGGAAGGAAGAAGGAUGGUUCCCGAGGUGAGGGUCAUCUCCUCCUUGCUGGGACUCGCGCUGCUCUGGUUCCCUUUGGACUCCCACGCUCGAGCCCGCCCAGACAUGUUCUGCCUUUUCCAUGGGAAGAGAUAUUCCCCCGGCGAGAGCUGGCACCCCUACUUGGAGCCACAAGGCCUGAUGUACUGCCUGCGCUGUACCUGCUCUGAGAAUGCCCAUGUGAGCUGUUACCGCCUCCAUUGCCCACCUGUCCACUGCCCGCAGCCCGUGACAGAGCCACAGCAGUGCUGCCCCAGGUGUGUGGAACCUCAUACCCCCUCUGGGCUCCGGGCUCCCCCAAAGUCCUGCCAGCACAACGGGACCAUGUACCAACAUGGAGAGAUCUUCAGUGCCCAUGAGCUGUUCCCCUCCCGCCUGCCCAACCAGUGUGUCCUCUGCAGCUGCACCGAGGGCCAGAUCUACUGCGGCCUCAUGACCUGCCCUGAACCGGGCUGUCCCGCACCCCUCCCGCUGCCUGACUCCUGCUGCCAGGCCUGCAAAGAUGGGGCAAGUGAAAAACCAGCUGAAGAGGACACCACACAGUCACACCAUGGGAUGAGACAUUCUCAGGACUCGUGUUCAGGCAAUGGCGGGAGAAAGAGAGGCCUGGGCACCCCGGCCCCCACUGGCCUCAACUCCCCUCUGGGCUUCAUCCCUCACUACUUCCGACCGAAGGGGGCAGGCAGCACCACUGUCAAGAUUGUCCUGAAGGAGAAACAUAAGAAAGCCUGCGUGCAUGGCGGGAAGACAUACUCCCAUGGGGAAGUGUGGCACCCAGCCUUCCGCUCCUUUGGCCCCCUGCCCUGCAUCCUGUGCACUUGUCAGGAUGGCCGCCAGGACUGCCAGCGUGUGACCUGCCCCACCGAGUACCCCUGCCAUCGCCCUGAGAAAGUAGCUGGGAAGUGCUGCAAGAUUUGCCCAGAGGACAAAGCAGACUCUGGCCACAGUGAGAUCAGAUCUGCCAGGUGUCCCAAGGUGCCGGGCCGGGUCCUCGUCCACACGUCAGUAGCCCCAAGCCCAGACAACCUGCAUCGCUUUGCCCUUGAGCAUGAAGCCUCUGACCAGGUGGAGAUCUACCUCUGGAAACUGGUAAAAGGAAUCUUCCACUUGAUUCAGAUCAAGAAAGUCAGGAAGCAAGACUUCCAGAAAGAGGCACAGAACUUCCGGCUGCUCUCCAGCACCCACGAAGGUCACUGGAACGUCUUCCUAGCCCAGACCCCGGAGUUGAAGGUCACAGCCAGUCCAGACAAGGAGACCAAGACCUUAUAACAAAGUCCUAAACAGUUGCAGAUAUGAGCUUUAUCAUUUUUGUUAUUAUAUAUUAAUAAAUAAGAAAUUGCAUGACCCUCAA